AUGGCCCAGCCGAGCAGGAAGGUGAGGCCCGCGCUCCUCAAGCGGAACAGUCUGGAGUCAGUGGAGCCCACGAAGCCCCCGCAGCACCGCAGGAGCAAGUCCCAGCAGGUGCGCUUCAAGGAAGAUGGCGCCCCGACGCACGCCCCCGGCCCGCCCCCUGCGGGCCCAGGGAAGACCCGAGCACCGCGGCACCAACACCCCUCCACCUGCCCCGCGGCCUUCCCCCGGGCCCAGAGGGCAGGGGGCUUCAGAAGCAUCGCCAUCCAGACCUCCCCAAAUCUCAGGAAGCACUUCCCAGUUUUCAAGAGGAAGAAACUCACAGCCAGCAAGUCCCUGGUAGAAAUGCCCACCGCGUCCUCAAGUGCCAUCCGGGUCAACGGCGACCUCUCCCGACAGGACGUGGUGGCGGCCCCUGACCUCGCCUACUUAAAGCUGGCCCGGCGUCUGGCGGACGGGCCUGGAAGGCUGGCCGCGCCCCACCCCUUCCUCCCCAGGGCCUCCCCCGUGGUACAGAGCAACGGGCCUGUUGGCCUCUGCUUGCACGCUGGGACCUGGAGGGCCUCCGAGAGAGCGACGGCCGCCGCUCAGGUCCCCGAUGAUAUUUGUCACAGCCCGUCCUGGAAAACCAGAGCAUCUUCCUUCAGCCCAGACAGCUGGGUACCCACCGCGGUCGACGUGUGUCCAGGUGACGGGAGCAAGGAGCCCACGCUGGAUUCGGGAAGACCCCCCGCCCACCUCGAUGCCACCAGCAGUGCCCGCGACACCCCGGGCACAGAGACACACAACCCCAAACCGCUUUUGUCCAAAGACCACUUGUGCGAACAAGCCCCCGGCCUCCCGCCAUCUCAGCUGGGGGAAGCACGCGUGCCCUCGCCCCCACGGACUCACGGCUGCCCUGAGCUGGACUCCCACGGCCGGCCGGCCCAUCCCGGGAGAGCCCCGGACGGCCCCGCGUCGGGGGACAGCUGCCGGGACUCGGGGCCACCUGCAAGUCGCAGCACGGCCGCGUCUGCGUGCGCGUGUCAGGAGACCACGGCCAGGAGCCCCGCCCGGCCAGAGGCCCCGGAGCUUCCCGGCCUUCCCGGGAGCGGCACCAAACCUCAGAUCCAGGGCAGGGAGAGGCGUGGCCCGGGCCACGUCCAGCCGGCACCAGCGGAGCUGUGUGACCUGCAGGGCCGGCUGCAGUCGGUAGAGGAGUCUCUCCACUCCAACCAAGAGAAGAUCAAAGUCCUCCUGAACGUCAUCCAAGACCUGGAGAAGGCCCGGGCGCUCACCGAAGGGCGCAACUUUUAUCGCACCGGCCAGGACCUCAACAACUGCAGCACCUGUCAGAACACGGCGUGCAUCAUCUACAGUGUUGAGUACGAUUUUCGACAGCAGGAGGGCAGAUUCCACAGAGUCCUGCAGAACCUGGGCCACACGGAGCCCGACGACGACACCCCUUCGCCCCCGAAGUCUCCGGCGGAGGCCCCGGCCCCCGAGAGACAGGACUUACGGAGGAAAGCCAAGAAGGUGAAGAAGAAAUGCUUUUGGUGGAUCUGA